CAUCACAAAGCAUUCACUAUAAUGGUUAUUUAGUAUACAACUCAGGAUGCGUGUCUAAUCAGACAUGUGAAACCUUGAGUAGUCUUGGUGGACCUGUAAAAUAUACUACCCGGACACCAAUGGUACUAGGUAACAUCAUAGGCAAAAGAAAAAGAAUGGUAAGCAUAUGUAUCCGUUGUUGUGAUAACAAAGGGGAAUCGUACCGUCCGUGUAAUCUGGAUCGCUGCAACUCGAAAGGCACUCCAACCACCACCACAACCAUACCUCUGUUUACAUCAGCGAGGCCCACAACUACUACGACCACGCCCACAACUACUACGACCACGCCCACAACUACUACGAUAACGCCAACGCCCACCACAACCACAGUCCCGCCUACGACGUCUUGUCCACAUGGUUGUUGUGACAAAGACCUGCGUUGUAAUGAUUUUACGUUUGCAUUGACGACCUGUACUGAUCCCUCAAGAGGGCAUCUUUGUGAGAAAACUUGUGGACUGUGCUCUCAAACACCUGCACAUACAACAAAACCUCCAUGUAUUGAUACAGAUCCGAGAUGUCGUGAUUUUAACUUUGUGGUGAAUGUUUGUUUAGACAACCAAACAGCUAAGAUAUGUCCAAAAAUUUGUGGUUUAUGCAAGGCGCUAUGACUCUUAAGUU